AUGUCUGCUCUAGAAUACAAUGGUGGGGCCAUAGUUGCCAUGGCCGGAAAAAAUUGUGUAGCUAUCGCUGCUGACAAACGUCUUGGUGUUCAAUUGAUGACAGUAUCUAUGGAUUUUCAAAAAAUCUUCCAAGCUACUGACAAAAGUUUUAUCGGACUUCCCGGUUUAGCGACCGAUGUCCAAACUCUAUCGGAACUAUUCCGUUUUAAAACCAACAUGUACAAAUUACGCGAGGAACGCGAAAUUGAACCGAGGACUCUAGCACAUAUGGUAUCCUCAACGUUAUAUGAAAGAAGAUUUUCUUAUUACUUUGCGGAACCAGUAAUUGCUGGUCUUGACAAAAACAAUCAACCUUUUAUUUGUUCAAUGGAUCUGAUAGGAUGCAUCAACUUCGCUAAAGAUUUUGUAGUGAGUGGGACUUCCUCUAGGAGCUUGUACGGAAUGUGUGAAUCUUUAUGGGAGCCUGACUUGGAACCAGAAGAUUUAUUUGAAACUAUUUCACAGUCUUUAUUAAACGCGGUCGAUAGAGAUUGUUUGGCUGGUUGGGGUGCUGUCGUUCAUGUCAUAACACCUGAAAGAGUCAUCACACGUCACCUCAAGACUCGUAUGGAUUAA